GGAAUUGGUAAGGGCUUACUGCUCAUCAGUGAAUUUUAGUUGGGAUCGUGUAGGUCCUAGGGCAGUGUGCUGUCCAUUAUCAUUAUUUCGCGUUUAAUUACCGACUCGAUAUAGAGAUAUUAUUUUUCUCCUCAAAGGAUCUGUGCUGACCAUAAUUGGGUCAACAUACGAAUAUGUCUAACGAUUCUUUGGACGAUAGUACCACGGGUGGCGAGAAUAGAAAGAUGUGCGUGGUAGAGAGUAAAUUUUAUUUUUAUUACGACCAUUUGUUGAUGCUUUGCAGUUAUAUAGAGAAGAUAGAUUUGAUCCAGCAGACCGAGUCAUUGGUACAGGCAAAAAUGGAGGAUCUUGAAGAUAGAUGGAAGAAGUUGAAUUCUUCCUAUGAGUCCAUAAUGCUGUCAUCUGAUCCGUCUGUUACCAAGGAAGUGAGAGAUAAAGCUAAGAUCAAUUUUAAUGUAUGCUCUGAAGCAUACUAUGGGUCUAGAUCUCGGCUUUUCGAUAUUUCGAAGAUAACAUCUUCUUCCGAUCCUCGAGUAGAGGCUUUCAGAAUAGGCAUAACUCCGAAUGAUUUCCCGAUCCCUCGCGGUGGUUUAGAGCCACACUCGAAUGAUUCACCCAAUGUUUACAUAAAGGUUCCUCCGUGCGAUACGGAGGUUUUCAAAGGGGGAUACGAGGAAUGGCCAUCUUUCCGUGAUAUGUUCACGGCGGUCUAUGUGAACCACCCAAAACUUACUCCGGCACAGAAGUUGUAUCACCUGAGGAAUAAGACUCAGGGCUCUGCUGGUGCCAUAGUCAAACGAUACACUUUGUGUGAUGAGAAUUUUGAAUUGGCAUGGAGGGCUCUUAAAGCUCGCUUUGAGAAUAAGCGAGUGUUGGUUGACAACCAACUUAAGAUUUUGUUCAAUAUCCCAGUGGCAGCGGUAGAGACUAGUGAUUCGGUCCAGAAAAUACAGUCGACGGUGAAUGACUGUCUUGCCACUCUUAGGACACUCGAUGUUAAAGUAGAGUAUUGGGAUCCUAUUUUGAUUUAUUUGAUUUCGACGAAACUUCCGGAUAAGACAUUAUCCUUAUGGGAACAGUCCCUAAGCUCUCACAGUGAAUUGCCGAUGUGGUCCCAAUUGGACGAAUUCCUCAUCGAUAGGUAUGAAAUUGUUGAACGUUUAUCCAGUAUCCGUUCAACAAAAGAUGGCUAUAAUCAGCCUUCUCCUCCGGUUAAUCGUACUCAGGCUUACCAUUCUCAGGAAAAACUGGAUCUUUCGUGUCCUUUAUGUGAGGAGAAUCACUCUUUACGCAUUUGCUCGAAAUUCCGAGGUUUUACAGAACAAGAAAGGAUAGACUUCGUGUUUAGAAACAAAUUCUGCAAUAACUGUCUGUCUACCUUUCAUAGGAAACAGAAAUGUAAGAGCAAGAACAAAUGCUCGGUGUGUCAGAAAUCACAUCAUACCUUGCUCCAUUUGAAGCAGAGGUCACAAGUCGAGUCUGAGAGUAAUAGGGUUAAAGAUGGUCCUGUGACGACGGAACCUCGUCGUUAUCCGAAUAGUAUGGCGGAGGACACAUCCAAUCCAUCAUCAUCAGGUCUUUUACGCAGUGCUCAGGUACAGGCAAAUUUUGCUUCAAGCAAUGGAACUAUUUUGCUUCGCACCGCUAUGGUGCAAGUUGAUCAUGGAGGACAGCUUUUCACUCUUCGAGCAUUGAUAGACCCUGGUUCCCAACGCACAUUUUUGUCAGAAAAGGCCAGAAAUCUGCUUCAAAUCCCUUAUCGUAGAGCCCUAUUUGAUAUCUUCGGUAUAGGGGAACAGAAACUUUCUUCUAAUAAGGAAUGUGAACUGGUACUUUAUUCCUCAAGAUACAAUCUUCGAAUAGCCAUUAAUGCCAUCGUGCUCCCUAAGGUAACCCAGAAAUUGCCUUCCGUCUCAUUUUCGAUCACAAAUCCGGAGGAAUUAAGUGAACUUGAUUUAGCAGAUCCUUUUUUCAACAAGUCGUCACAGAUAGAUCUGAUUUUGGGCAAUGACUCUGAGAAAUAUCUCAACAUCGAUGGAAUUAAGAAGAAUAUAUGUGGGGACGCAUCUGCCUAUAAUACUAUUUUUGGUUGGGUCCUCAGCGGCCCCAUGAGGACGGAACAAAUUCAGGCGUUCACGACCAAUGUUUUACCCUCUGAGAACACCGCUCUCAAUGAAACUCUGCAGAAAUUUUGGGAAUUGGAAGAUAUUCCCGCUUCACCCCCAAUUUCAGAGGAAGAUCAAUUCUGCGAGGAAUUUUACGUUAAAACCACAGUACGUGGACCCGACGGUCGGUACAUUGUACGACUGCCAUUUAAAAAAGAGUUUUCAAAUUCCAUUCAUCUCGGAUCAUCGCGAUUCCUCGCCCUCGGGCAGUUAACAAGAAUGGAGAAUACUCUGUCGAAAAAUCCGGAACUACAGUUUCAAUACAAUUCGGUUUUGGAGGAAUAUUUAUCAAUGGGUCAUAUGGAAGAAACAUCUUCCGAAGAGGUUUUCUCUGACGGAAAGUUUUAUUCUUUCUACCUCCCCCAUCACGCUGUGGUGCGACCUGAACAUAAAAGUACGAAAGUAAGAAUUGUGUUUAAUGCGUCCCGAAAAUCCAAAUCUGGAUUCUCUCUUAAUGACGUCUUAUUGACUGGGACCACACUUCAAACACAUUUGAUAACCACUGUGUUAAAUUGGAGGAAAUACAAAUAUGUCUUCAGCGGUGACAUACAGAAAAUGUACCGGCAAAUUUUAGUACACCCAAUUGAUCGGCCAUACCAGAGAAUUCUAUAUCAGAAAACAUCUGAUAGCGCAGUCAAAGAUUACCAACUACGUACUGUAACUUUUGGUAUAAACUGCGCCCCAUUUUUGGCGAUCCGUACUUUGCUUCAAUUAGCAUCCGACUGUGAGACACAGUUCCCGAAAGUAUCUUACACAUUAAGGAAAGAAACUUAUGUGGACGAUAUACUUUCUGGCGGUUUUUCUUUACAGGAGACAAUCGAUCUCCAAACCCAGUUGAUAACUACUCUCAAAUCUGCGGGUUUCCCGUUAAAGAAGAUGACCGCCAAUAAUUCUCGACUUUUGAAUCAUUUGCCUCCCGAAGACAUGUAUGACCUGAAUUUUUUGAGACUGGAUGAGACAAGCUCCACAAAGACUCUUGGAGUAAUGUGGAACGCUUUGACCGACAGUUUUUCUUACGCGCUGAAUCCUAUAAACACAACUACAACCCUGACUAAACGAAAGGUGCUGUCGGCCGUCAGUCAGUUAUUUGAUCCAGCAGGCUGGAUAACUCCAGUCAUCAUACGAGCCAAGAUACUAAUGCAGCAGUUAUGGCUUGAAGGGUUGGAUUGGGAUUCACCCAUAAGCGAGGAGUCACACUUAACCUGGGAGGGUCUCAUGAAAGAUUUCUCCCAUAUUAUUGACCUAAGAAUACCGCGCUGGAUUCGAUAUAUGCCAUCUGAUCGCGUUCAGAUCCAUGGCUUUGCUGAUGCUUCUAAAGCAGCAUAUUGCGCUUGCGUGUACAUAGUGGUUGAUUCGGGAUUUGAGUCUUGCUCCAACCUACUGAUUGCAAAAAGUAGGGUAGCUCCAUUGAAGACGGUAUGUUUACCACGUUUGGAGCUUAUUGGAGCCGAGCUACUAGCCAAGCUGGUGAAUUAUAUUCUAUCUGUUUUUGAUUUUGAAAUCGCUCACACCUUCUUGUGGACGGAUUCGUCGAUCGUACUUGGGUGGUUAUCAAAACCUCCAUGGUCUUGGGAGACAUUUGUCGCGAAUCGGACUUCAAGGAUUCAUUCCCUUGUUCCCAAUGCCCAAUGGCGUCAUGUUCCUACUGCCGACAAUCCAGCGGAUCUUGGUACCCGUGGGUGUAGUCCUCGAGAUCUUACGAACUCCAAGCUAUGGUGGAACGGACCAUCGUGGAUGACUGCCACUUCGUCCUCUUGGCCAGAAAUGGUUCCCAUAACACCCCCGGGACCACCGGAGGGACUUGCACAAACCUUUCACAUUGUAUCAGAAGAUUCUGAAAUUUUGAAAAGAUUUUCUUCAUACGAUAGAGCCUUAAGAGUUAUUUCAUAUAUUUAUCGAUUUUAUCACCGGACACAUCCGACAACUAGAUCGACUGCGAAUUUCUCCAGUGUGAGUCUUUGCUACGAGGAGAUUUUGUUUGUGAAGCGAAGGUUAAUACUCACGGCUCAGCAAUACGGGUUCAAGGACGAAUACAAUGCUCUUUCUCAAGGUCUCCAAAUCUCCCCAAAAAGCUCUUUGAGCACAAUUAACCCAUUUCUUGAUGAUGCCAGGAUUAUUAGAAUUAAUGGGCGUUUGUCGCAAUCAACACUUCCAUAUAGCGAACGCCACCCAAUGGUACUUCCAGGCAAUUCAUGGUUUUGCCAUCUUUACCUGUCUCAUCUUCACAAGUUUUUGGCUCACGCAGACUGCACGCUAAUGUGCAGAAUGGUACAGACAGAAUUUUACAUUUCAAGACUGAAACCCCGGGUUAAGUCUAUUAUACGCAAAUGUAAGACGUGUGUUGUGUUCAAACACAAAUCCUGUACCCAAAUGAUGGCACCAUUACCACUUGAUCGGUGUACGAUCUCGCCACCAUUCCAUGUGACCGGCAUAGACUUUGCAGGUCCAUUCGACCUGAAAAGCUCAUAUUUACGCAAAGCUCCUUCGACCAAGGCAUACGUAUCAGUGUUCGUGUGCUUCUCAACGAAGGCCAUACACUUAGAGCCGUGCUCAGAUUUGUCGUCUGUGGCAUUCGAGGCCGCCUUUGCUCGAUUUGUUGGGAGGCGAGGACUACCCCGAAGGGUAGUAUCGGAUAAUGGUCGGAAUUUUGUAGGCGCUAGUAGAGUGCUUCUCAGGGAAUUUUCACAGUUUAUAAAAAAUGCAUCUGCAGAUUUGUCGAAUAGAUAUUCCACGCAUGGUUUCGAAUGGAGCUUCAUACCACCUCACGCCCCACACAUGGGAGGAUUGUGGGAGGCUGCUGUUAGGAGCUUCAAACUCCAUUUUAAAAGGGUAGCAGGUGCCCACAGGUUUACAUUUGAACAAUUUGCCACUAUUUUAGCACGCAUAGAAGGUGUUCUAAAUUCUCGCCCUAUAUCAGCUUUGUCAGAAGACCCUACAGAUUUGAGUGCACUCACACCGGGCCACUUUCUAAAAGGGUCCCCGAUGUUAGCAUUUCCCGAACCGAUAUCUCCAAAUAUUUCUAUGAUAAAUCGAUGGACGAAACUGAAAGCCAUCCACCAUCAGUUCGCGGUACGCUGGAGAGAAGAUUACUUGAAAUCACUUCAGAAACGAUACAAGUGGAAAAACCCGCAAUCUGACGUGAAAAAGGGAGAUCUAGUCGUCGUUAUUGAUGAUUUGCUUCCACCCAGUGAGUGGAAGCUCGGAAGAAUCGAGGAUUCCCAGGCCGGAUCAGAUGGUAAAAUCAUCUAGUAAAAAUCAAUCCCCAAACUCCGAGAUAUAUCGUUGUAUGUUGUGUAAGAGAUUCCACAGCAUAAGUGUAUGUCCAAAAUUUUUUAAGAUGCAACCUGUUGAGAGAUGCCGGACAGUGCGUCAAUUCAAAUACUGUGUGAACUGUCUAGCGAAAAGCCACACAGCCGCCCAAUGUAAAUCAAAAAAUAAAUGUCGCAAAUGUCAUAAUUGCCAUCACACCAUGUUGCACCCAAACAAACCGAUGAUUUACACUGGAACCUCAGUUACGAACACCAAAAGACAACAAAAGAACCAUCCAAAGCAAAGAAAAAGUCAGCAUACUCAACAACAGCAACCAAGGCAUCAUAAGCAACAGAAGAGCAAGCGAAUUGGUCAAAAGGCUAAAAGGAACACAUCCAUUCAACCAUUUAUAAACCAAACCAUAAUUUCAGACGCCAUUCGAUCAUUAGCAACUGUACUUUGUGCCACCCACCAGAACGAUCAUUUCUAAGCCCGGCGCCAUGUCUAAACAUGUUGUUUAGCCUUAAUGUAUUAUAUGAAUUUAAUUUGAAUUUAACCGAAACAUAGUUUGAAAGUCAUAUGAAUUAAAAAUUGAACUAUUAGGAAAAUGUACAAAUUGCACUAAAAUUAGUAUCGACAAGAAUGUCAAAGUUUGUUUAAACUUCAACUAGUUCUAAAAUGAAAUAAAAUAAAGUCGAUAGGUUUCCUA